UUCCUGCAAGAUGUCCUCUCCCCCAGAGCUGUCCCCCCCUCUCCUUUUCACCACGCUGCCCCCCUUUCACGCCGUCGGCCCGGCCUUCCCAUCAAUGGAGCCCAACAGCACCUCUUGCCAAGAGUGGGAGCAGGCCCACAACAUCCUCUUCCACAUGGGGAACUUGUCUCUGCUGCUGGGUCUGCUCAUCCCCACCACGCUUAGUCUGCACAUGAUCCUGCUGCGCCUUCUUCUGGCGACAGGCUGUGGCCUCUUCAUCGCCUGGGCAACGUUGUACAGGUGCAACAUGGACGUGAUGGUCUGGAACGUGGUUUUCCUGGUGGUCAACUUCAUGCACUUGACGUACCUCUUGUACAAACGCAGACCGAUUAAAAUCGAAAGGGAACUGAGGUCGGUGUACAAGCGGAUGUUUGAGCCCCUACACGUGAACGAGGCUCUGUUCCGAAGGCUCACUGGCCAGUUCUGCAACAUCUUGCAGCUAAACAAAGGCCAAGCCUACGCUGCAGAGGACAAGACCUCCGUGGACGAACGACUGAGCAUUCUUCUUAAAGGAAAGAUGAAAGUGUCCUACAGAGGCCAUUUCCUUCACAACAUCUACAGCAAUGCCUUCAUUGACUCUCCAGAAUUUAGAUCCACUGUGAUGCACCGAGGAGAGAAGUUCCAGGUAACUAUUAUGGCAGAGGAGAACUGUAAGCUCCUUUGUUGGUCUCGGGAGAGACUCACCUACUUUCUGGAGUCCGACACGUUUCUUAAUGAAGUCUUCAGGUACCUCAUUGGAAAAGACAUCACCAACAAGCUCUAUUCCCUCAAUGACCCCACGCUCAGUGACAAGGCAGUGAAAAAGAUGGACCGCCAGCCCAGCCUCUGCUCCCAGCUGUCAAUGAUGCAAAUGAGGAACAGCAUGGCCAGCACCAGUGAUAGUGACGAUGUUCUUAAUCAAAUCCUGAGGGGAGGUUCUGCCGGUUCCUCGCUUCAAAAAUCACCUGGUGCCAGGACCUCUUCCAAGAUGAAGCCAAUUGAGGAAGGCAUGGAGGAUGAUGUUUUUCUGGAUUCUCCACUCUCCAAGCCAUGCCGCCUGUCCAGCACCUCCACUGAGGAAGUGUAACCUUGGGGAAACACACUGGCAUUGUAUUUUGAUCUACAUCAUAUUUUGAUCUAGAUUCUAGAUCACAUGCUUUGUGACAUACCUGUUGCGUGUGGAAAUGUAUUUAUGUACCGCAUGUCCUGCCACUAUUCUACACUUUUUGUCACGUUUGUUUUUUUGUCAUUUCUGUCGCUUGUAAUGAAAUAAUAAAAUAUGUUG